AUGGCGACCGUGCCCGACUACUCACGGCCGACGACGCCUGACAAUGGUACCAAUGGCACCAAUGGCCUUGUCUCGCCUCGCACGCCAAAGACAGGCCUCGCUCUCACCGAGUACAGCGCAAACCCCAGUCCGCCUUCCGAAUCCAACACUUCACGAACCAACCAUGCCAUACCCGACGCGUUCCUUCUGCCCAAUGGCUAUCCCGAUUACCUCCGCCUCAUCCUCACUUCGCGCGUCUACGAAGUCGUCCAGGAAACGCCCCUCACUCACGCGACCAACCUCAGCAACAGGCUAGAGUGCAAUGUUCUACUCAAGCGCGAGGACUUACAGCCCGUCUUCAGCUUCAAGCUACGCGGCGCAUACAACAAAAUGGCACAUCUGGACCCCAAGGACAGGUGGAAGGGAGUCGUUGCAUGCAGCGCCGGCAACCAUGCACAAGGUGUCGCAUAUUCUGCGCGCAAGCUGAAGAUCCCCGCGACUAUUGUCAUGCCUUCUGGCACUCCCGAUAUCAAACACAAGAAUGUCUCACGGCUGGGAGGUUCAGUGAUACUACACGGCGCUGACUUUGACGCUGCAAAGGCAGAGGCGGCAAGAUUAGAGAAGUUGCACGGCCUUAUACCUAUACCACCAUUCGACGAUCCCUAUGUCAUUGCAGGCCAGGGUACUGUUGGCAUGGAGUUGCUGCGACAGACAAAUCUGCAAGAUCUCAAGGCUGUCUUCUGCUGUGUCGGUGGUGGAGGACUCAUCGCAGGCACAGGUGUAUACAUCAAGCGGAUAGCACCACACGUCAAGAUCAUAGGAGUGGAGCAAUACGACGCAAACGCCAUGGUCGAGUCGCUCAAAGCCGGAAAGCGCGUCUUCUUGAAGGACGUGGGACUGUUCGCCGAUGGAGCCGCCGUCAAGACAGUGGGAGAGGAAACCUUCAGGAUAUGUCAAGAGGUUGUCGAUGAGGUAGUCCAGGUUACAACAGACGAGACAUGCGCCGCCAUCAAAGACAUGUUCGAAGACACACGCUCCAUCGUUGAGCCUGCCGGCGCACUUGCCCUCGCAGGCCUGAAGAAAUGGGUGAGCCGCAACCCAUCACCGGAUCGCAAUCGCGGUCUGGUUGCCAUUGCUAGUGGCGCAAACAUGAACUUCGACCGCCUCCGUUUUGUCGCCGAGCGCGCCGCCAUUGGUGAAAACAAAGAAGCCAUCCUCUCCGUCACCAUCCCCGAACAACCCGGUGCCUUUGCUAAGCUCAUUUCGCUCAUCCACCCCAUGGCCAUCACCGAGUUCAGUUACCGCUACUCGGGCCCCAACUCCGCCCAAAUACUGGUCGGCGUUGAAUUAAAGGCUGCAACACGAACCCGCGACCUACCCGACCUCCUCAACCGUCUCGGCGCUGAGGGCAUGACUGCUGAAGACCUUUCUCAAGACGAGCUCGCAAAAUCGCAUAUCCGCUACCUUGUUGGAGGUCGCAGCAACGCCGCUGACGAGCACCUUUUCAUGUUCGAGUUCCCUGAGCGGGGAGGCGCUCUGUACAAGUUCCUGAACACAUUGCAACCAGGCAUGAACAUCAGUCUCUUCCACUACAGAAACUACGGGGGAGACGUUGCGAAGAUCCUGGCCGGUAUUCAAUGUAAGGAGGAGGACAGUAGCAAGCUGGCAAGUUUCUUGAAGGACAUUGGAUACCCGUACAAGGAGGUGACCGACAGCCCAAGCUACAAGAUGUUCUUGAGGCAAUGA